AUGGCCAUACCUGAUAGUGACAAGACUGCUGCUGAUGGAUCAGCUGAAGAGAGGAAGGUGAGUAGCCAGACUGACCUCCCGAGGUCUGCGUGUUCUGAUGUCAACGCUGUUCAGAUGAACGAACAACUGACAAGGAUGUCUUAGGAGCUGAGCUCCAACUUCCAUCCUCAUCUCUUUUUCUUUCUAUCUCUUUCUCAUUUUCUAAUUUUCUCUCUCCCUCUCUCUCACACCAUCCCCCUUCUCUCUCACGCGCCCUCCCUCCAUUUCUCUCUCUCUCUCUCUCUCUCUCUCUCUCUCUCUCUCUCUCUCUCUCUCUCUCUCUCUCUCUCUCUCUCUCUCUCUCUCUCUCUCUCUCUCUCUCUCUCUCUCUCUCUCUCUCAAACACACUCCAUACAGGUGCCUGGGGCAGAGGGAACGGACCCGGCCCGUACUGAGGAUGAGUCUGUGAGUAAUGAGGACCUGCCAAUCGUGGAGAUCCCCACUACCUUCAACAUCAGCCCCCUCAGCAGCCAGACCAGCGGCCCCUUCUCGCAGGACCUCCAGGACCCCCAUGUACCCACCGCUCCGCCCCAGGAGCCCCCUGCCCCCAUCCCAAAGAGCCAGGGCCAGCUCACCCCACCCAGCUACCACCCUUCCAUGCGCUUCAUCAAGGUCCAGCCCUUCAUGCACGGUAUGGAAGCCCCAGUGUACACAAUGACUCUCCAUCUAUGCGUCAAGAGUUUUUCGUGUUCUGGACACAGAGUCAGAAAAACCCCUUUGCCCUAUCUAUGGGAGCCUCACAUGUUGUGAUGGGGCUAACCAUGGCUCUUAAUGGUUUGUGGCCUUACUAGUGCCAGUGUUGCCUUGUCCUCCAUUAUUUGGACGUGCUCUCAUGGUUAAUUUCUGGUGCUUCAGAUGAUGACUUGGUAGAGACUAAGACGCUAUGCAGCCGGCUCCUGGCACACUGGGUGCUGCUGGUGAUUGUUGCGUGUGGUCUACUGGCCCUGAGUCUAGCCCUAGGCAUUGGGCUUGGAGGUAAGGGAAAACUGUUCGUGGCCUUGUUAUUACAUAGUAAUUAUCAACCAUAUUAUUACAGAAAGAUAAUCUGUCUAUAGCAGUUAUAUUGAACCAUGUGUGGUUGGAUUGAUAUCAAGGACACAUAUGCACUUGACACUAUAUGGCUGUAUUACAUAGUGUUAUCUAUCUAUUAGAACAGGCAAUGUUGUGUGUCAGGAUAUAGUAUCAAGUACUAGGAUUAGGAUAUACAGUGUCUGAGUGGCUCAUAGUGUUGGUGUAAUAGUAUCAUUGUUCUGUACUGUGUUACUGUGAUUGUAAGAGGAGACGUGUGUCAUAUGUGUAACAGGAGACACAGUGCAGUAAGUUAGUCUUGAGGCCUGAAUAACACGGCAAGUUGUGCGUAACCAGGGGUGGAACAUGUCAUUACAUAUCACUGUGAAGUGCUUUUUACAUAGAAUCGUAGGAUUUUACUACAACUUCUUUCCAAUUCCACCACUGUGUGUAACAAUGUGUGUGUGUGUGUGUGUACAUGUGUGUGUCCUCCUUGUUUCCAAAGUGGGAGUCAGCUGCACGGGGAAGUUCCACUGUAGCACAUCCACUGUGUGUUUUUGCCAGAUCUGCGCAGUGUGAUGGCGUCAGCGACUGCGCAGAUGGGGAGGACGAACUGCAAUGUGGUGAGAUGCACACUUCUCUCCCACACACAUACACAACUAAAAAUGCUCUCUCACUUUAACUCUGAUAAAGGGCUUGAAAUUCCCUCACACCAUUCAUCCACAUCAUUCACUGUGUAACCUCGUCCCCAGGCUAGGUCAGAUAGGCAAGACUAUUCACUUAGUAACCUGUACACACACUAAUGACACACAGUAUCUCAGUUGGGAGCAUCAUAUAGAAAGUCACUGACAUGUCAGUGUGGUCCUCUGUAGUUCAGCUGGUAGAGCACGGCGCUUGUAACGUCAAGGUAGUGGGUUCGACCCCCGGGACCACCCAUACACAAAAAAAAUUUUAUGGACGCAUGACUGUAAGUCGCUUUGGAUAAAAGCAUCUGCUAAAUGGCAUAUUAUUAUAUAUUAUAUUAUUAUUAUUAUUAUUAUUCUGUCUGUCUGUCUGUCUGUCUGUCUGUCUGUCUGUCUGUCUGUCUGUCUGUCUGUCUGUCUAUCCCUCAGUGCGUCUGAGUGGGAGGAGCUCUGUGCUGCAGGUCAACAGUAGGGGUGUAUGGAGGACCGUGUGCUCCGCCAACUGGGAUCACACACUGGGUUAUUCUGCCUGCAAACAGCUGGGAUACUCCAGGUACACGGUUGGGAAUUGAAUUUAAUUAGUUCUCUGUGACAGGGGUAAAAAGAUAAGUGAAGGGCCAGAGGUUCACUGGGGCUGGCAUGGUGGAUGACUACGGUGAGGGUGAGUGGAGCAAUGUCAAGAGACAUACAGAGAAUACAGAUCAUUCCACCAUAGAGACUGGUCCCUCCUAUAGCUCAGUUGGUAGAGCAUGGCGCUUGCAACGCCAGGGUUGUGGGUUCGAUUCCCACGGGGGGCCAGUAUGAAAAAUGUAUGCACUCACUAACUGUAAGUCGCUCUGGAUAAGAGCGUCUGCUAAAUGACUAAAAUGUAAAAUGUAAUAGAGACCAUUCUCCCACAUGGCCUGAGGAGAAAGAGCCUAUUACUCUGCAGUUUGUGAGAAAACUCUCUCCCUCCUCGUUGUAAUACUCCCACAUUUACCCAGCAUUCAGAGGGAGUGCUUUCUAAUGGGUUUCUGUACCCAAAGGUCCCAUUAACUGCAUUGCUAAUCCCAUUAAAAUCAGCCUGGCAUUAAAUGACGUGAAAAAUCACCAGCCCAAACAACCAGCGCUCUAAGUAGGUUAAGAUGUUCAGUUAUACCAUCGUCAGUUUCUCACAACGGAUCUGGCAGCGUUCCCAUUUUGGGGAUUAUUUUGGCAAUGAGGCCCUUUAUCUACUUCCCCAGAGUCAGAUGAACACGUGGAUACAAUUUUUAUGUCUCUACGUGCAGUUUGAAGGAAGUUGCUAACUAGCGCUAGCACAAUUGCUAACUAGCGUUAGCGCAAUGACUGAAAGUCAAUGGGUAUCUGCUAGCAUGCUAUUAGAUACCCAUAGACUUCCAGUAAUUGUGCUAAUGCUAGUUAGCAUUGGCUCACGAAACUACACCUAACUUCCUUCAAACUGGACACAGAGACAUACAAAUGGUAUCCACAAGUUCAUCUGACUCUGGGGAAGUAGAUAAAGGGCUUCAGUGCCACAAUCCCGAAGUAUCCCUUUAAGACCGUCCUGGUUAAUGUUAGGAGUAUGUUUGGAUUAAUAAUUAAUUACUUUUAUUUGACCAAUUUAAAAUACAAUUAAAGUUGAUUCAGCCACAUGAAAUCAACAACACACACAUUCAAAAUGAUUGUGGAUAAAUCACCAUAAACUCAACAAAUGUAUUUCUGUUGUGGUCCAAGUAUAUUAGGAUCCUGUGUUCACUUUUAUAAAUGGAUUAUAAAUGAAUGGGUAGUACUAUCAAUGGAUCUAGUCACAAAAUGUGAGGAUAAUACCCUCUGAACAUCCCAAACCCACCCACUGCCUUGCCUCUCAUAUGCAGCCAAUGAAAAUUCACACUAUGUGCACCAAUAAACUGUAAAUGUCUGUGUGGUUCCUUCUUGUUCGCUCAGCUACAUCAGUUCCAGCUCCAUGCCCCUCUCAUCCGUCGAGUCGGCCUUCCAGGCUAACCUGGUAUCAGUCAAUCUGAGUCAACCAGAUCGCCAGCAGACUGUCAAGAUCCACAACACCACCUUCCUCAGGUGAACCAUUUGGCCAUCCAUCUCUGACAGAAAAGAAAACUGUGCUCAGUACCAGUCUGCCAGUAUUCAGAACUUUAACAAAUGUACAGCUGCAGCAGCAAGUUCGUCCCCUUCUAGCGUAUGCCCUUACAACCAAAUACCUUUUUACAAGCACUAUUGAGUUAAGUAUGCAAAUUCUUGAUUCUGCCAUCUACCUACAGUAUGCCACCACAAGGACUACAUACUAUGCUGAUGUAGGGCUGACAACAGGGCUGUGAUGGUUGAAUGUAUCCCUGUUCCUGCUAUAGGAACUGAAGCCUUUUGAACUAACUGUCUGGAGGUACCCCCAAAGUGGCGCAUGAUACAGUAUUUGUCAGACUAUAUGAAACAAUGGAAGGUGCCAAGAGAAUAGGCUAAUUCUGCGUUUCCCUCAGAAACGUAUGUUGCUCGGUGGCACUAACUAAAGCAUGUUUCGUAAUCGCGUAUUGAUUGUUUCUGUCUUGCCAGCAGGACAAUAGGUGGCACAGCAGUGUUCGUUGCUCUGCUUCAUAAGUCUAGUUGUGAUCCCAUGUUUCACUUCAGUCCAUGUCAUGUUUCUCAAUUACAUAAGGGCCUGACUUUGGCAAAGUACAUGGGUUUGUACAUGGUACAAAUGAGAGCAUACAUCAAACUUUCCCAUUGGUGUUAUACAGAGAAUAACCUAAUUUGAACCAGUUAACUUUCAUUUUCUGAAGUUAUUUCCAGCAUGUUAUAUACAAUUGGUUCUGUGCUCAGGUCCACAGACUGUCUGUGUGUAUGUUGGCAGUAAGUAUAAGCCUUCAUUCUCUGUUUUUCCAGUAAGACCCAGUGCAGCUCUGAGAGUGUGACCGUACUCAAAUGCCUAGGUGAGUGAAAGAGUGACAGUGGAGUUAGAAAGUGUGUGUGUGUGUGUGUGUGUGUGUGCGUGCGUUGUGAGUGUUUACUAGCAACAUUAUCAUAUCAAUGGUUUUCUCCUGGCUGCCCCCUGCAGAGUGUGGCUCCAGGCCCAUGUUCAGGUCUCGUAUUGUGGGAGGGAACGUCUCCAAACCAGGCCAUUUUCCCUGGCAGGCCAGCCUGCACUAUCAGAACCAACACCUCUGUGGGGGCUCCAUCAUCACACCACGCUGGAUAGUGACAGCAGCACACUGUGUCUACGGGUGAGCCUCUCUCACAAACACAGGUGCACGUGUGCACACAUGCUUACACGUACAUACGUACGCACACAUUUAUACUGUACUGACCUUACAUGAACACACCAUAACUUUUAAAAGUGAUAAGGUUUUUCAUUGGUUGACUGUCCAUCCUUUCUCAAGGUUUGCAACAAACCCCAUGCUGUGGGCGGUGCAUGUGGGAUUGACAGAUCAGCCAGUCAAUGGGGUGAUGUCUCGCUCUGUGGAGAAGAUUAUCUACCAUGCCAACUACCAACCCAAGGGCUUAAACUACGACAUUGCGCUAUUGAAGCUUACAGAGCCUCUUACCUUUAAUGGUACCACUAUCUACAAUGAGCCCCAAAAGUAUUGGGACAGUGAAGUUUUUGUUGUUGUUUUGGCUCUGUACUCCAGCACUUUGGAUUUGAAAUGAUACAAUGAUUAUGAGGUUAAAGUGCAGGCUGUCAGGUUUAAAUGAUUAUUGUUAUUUUUUGCUGUAUUUUCUAAACGGUUCAGCCGAUAUGGAUGAAAAUACCCUCAAAUUAAAGCUGACAGUCUGCACUUUAACCUCAUAGUCAUUGUCUCAUGGAGUACAGAGGCAAAACAACUACAAAUGUGUCACUUUCCCAAUUCUGCCUGUCUGUCUGUCCUACUGACUGAUAGUGAUUUAGGGCUCUAUUCAAUAUUCAAUCUGUAUCGCUGAAGCAUUACAGAUUGCGCGAUAGAAAUGUAAAGGUAAUUUCUGAUUGAGCUGACAAACAGCAUGCAAGGUUUACCGUGAAUGCAGUCUCCGCCAACGCAGGAACAUUGCCUUUAAAUUUAAAUUGGGCUUUAGUGCUGAACUUCCGCGAUACGGAUUGAAUAGAGCCCUUAGAGUAACUGUUCUAUUCACCUCAAAUCUGAAGGAGCACAGCAGGUUUAUUGGCUAAGUCUUUUCCUCCAGGUCUGGUUGAGCCUAUCUGCCUGCCGAACUAUGGGGAGAGAUUUGAGGAGGGGAAGAUGUGCUGGAUCUCUGGGUGGGGUGCCACAGUGGAUGGAGGUGAGUGGGGUCAAAUUCAACACCUGAAUAGAUGUGCAAGCACUCACGCAUACACCACAUUCAUGCAGGCACGCACGCACACUCUGUGAUACACCUUUCCUGCCCUUCCUCUGUGUGUGUGUGUGUGUGUGUGAGUGUGUCUUUCCAGGGGAGACCAGUGUGUCCAUGCACUCUGCCCAGGUCCCUGUGCUCUCCAGCAGGGACUGCAGUGGACCAGUGUACCAGGGUGCCAUCUCCCCUUGGAUUGUCUGUGCAGGCUACCUAGAGGGGGGCAAAGACUCUUGCCAGGUAUCUUUCAGAAGUGGACCUCAGAGUUCCAUCCACCAUUUGUCUAAAGGACAAAGUGAAGACAAAAAGCACACAGCAAAGACGAACGGUUAAAAGCAGGGGGUGGCCACUGUGUUUUUGUGAUCGCGAACGUGGUGAUUCAACAAGUACAAUCAUCCGAAAAUUAACAGAAAAUGACGGCCGGUUUUCUGUUCAAAGGCGAUAGGAUGGCCACCCGCUGCCUUUAAUUGUUCGUUAGCACAGUGUGUUUUGUGCUAUAAAGCUCACCUAUUUGGAGUCAAAUGCACUGCUGCUAAUCCUGGUGUGUUUGGCUCCCCAGGGGGAUAGCGGAGGCCCUCUGGCCUGUGAGGACUCGUCAGUGUGGAAGCUGGCGGGGGCCACUAGCUGGGGCUACGGCUGUGCUGAGAGGAACAAGCCGGCCGCGUACACUCUCAUCCCCCACGCUCUGACCUGGAUCCACCAGCAGAUGGAGGUGAAUUCUACUGUAUACUGGUGA